CGGCGAUAGUCACAGCAAACUACAUAUACAUGUAGCUGGAAGACUCCAGCAUAAGGCUUGCUACACUACAUCCUCCUCAACCUCAGGUGUCGCGUGCCAUUGCCCUUGCCCUCGCACCACCCGGCGCCAGGACCUCCGCCCCGCGGCCUCACAAGCACAGCCUCACAGCUGGAGUCCUUCCUUCAUCACAACUCCAAAAACCAAUCCAUAGCGCCGCGCAUCGCAUCAACACCAACCAUCUGCCAACUCCAAAAAUGGCCGACCACGACAUCUCCAUCUCAGGCUGGCAAGAAGCCUGGCUCGAGCGCACCCACCCUCAACUCUUCCAAUACUGCCUCACAUUAAUCUACACCCUCUCCGCAAUCUCACUCUUCCUAAGCAUAAAAUCCCUCCUCCUCACCCGAAAAUGCCGACGUGAACUCCUCCAAAACCCAUCCUCACGCGCCGCAACCUUCGCGGCCUGCGACAAGAAAAUGCGCGGAAUCACACGCUGCCAAUUCCUGGUCUCUUCUCUCUUCUGCUUCCACACCCUGGCGAUCUGGCUCGUCGAUGCAGGCAUAAGUGUGUUCGCAGUAUGGAAAGACGUCGAUGCGAACCCCGAAGCCUACACACCGCAACUCUGGCUAGAUCUUGGAAUUGCCAGCAUCAGCAUGCUCGGGAUUUUCAUCUUCGUGUUCCUGGUAUUCCCCAUGCUGCAACUCCUGCUUUUCAGCUGGGCCUUCGCGAAAUUCCGUCCAACCAAGAAGCAAACCAGUUGUGAGAACGGGACGUUGGGAGCACAUAUCCCCGAACUACGCACGCUCACGACACAUCUAGCGCAGAUGUGGAUGAUGGCUGGAUUCCUACUCAUGGCGUUCUGGCCGGUAUAUUUCAAGUCGCCUCUUCGAUUGACGAUUGCCGAGGCGAUUUACGGAAGUGGGUUGGCGUGGUCUCAUGUGGCGAUGAUGUUGAACUGGAGGUCUGAGGAGAUUGCAAAUCUUGAGAUCAAGCCGAGGAUGAGUGUGAAGGAUGCUGUGUUGCUUUAUGGGCAGCAUGGAAUGGCUCUUCCGUUCAGGAAGACGGAGGAGCAUGUUUUGCCCAAGUUUGAUGAUGAGAAGCAGGCGUUGCUUGGUGAUGGCUCUUGAGGGGGUGGAUGAGCUAUGUCAGGUCUGACUUGGAUAUUCGACACCCCAAGCAGAUCAAAUCAACGAGGACUUCCCAUGACGGUGCAUGGAAUUCCUUAAUUUCGUAUUUCCUUCGGGGAUGAGAGCUGGCGACGCAUCAUGGCGUCUUGGAAUUUUCUCGACUGCUUCUGAUGUAACACAUUCGACGAUGGCAGUGCAGGGGCGUGAAAAGAAGAGACCAUGAAGUUGCAAAAGCGCGAAGUUGGAUCUCCAAAAAAAAGGACGGAUGGUUCUGGUUCGAAUGGCUGCUAUAAGAUUCUCCUUUUUCAACUUUUCAAUAGCCGAGAGACUGUUCUUAAAAAGAAAUGAAUGGAUGUGAUAUCAAUUUUCAAAUAUAACAAACGAAUGACUUGCUUUUUGAG